CAGUCCCGAGGUGGAGGAAGACCACCCGCUCCCCGCACCCGCAGCUGGCACACCACCCGCAACCGCAACGAGGACCACCACCUUCGCGGCCAAGGCCAUCAUCAUCUGGUAUGACACGACCAAGGACGGCAGAAGCAAGCUAUGCAAAGCCUCUGCGCAUGCGCAAGCAAGCAGACUCCAACCCGCACAAGAAGUACUACCAUGAUCAAGAGGCUCAGUUUGAGGAGAUUCAGCGGCUGAAACGGCGGCUCAAGGAAGUGGUGCUAGAGCGGAACGAGGCCAGGACGCUGCAGAAGCAGGCCGAGGAGGAGACGCUGCGGGUGCGGCGGAAGCUGGACGAGGUGCUUGGCGCCAAGCUCGAGCUCGCCCCCGGCGGCUCGACUCGUGGCCUUUCCACCAUCAAGCGCGAGCAGCGGCUCAUUGUCUCGCUCAAGCGCAAGGUCAAGGAGCUCAAGCAGGAGCUGAAGAAGGCACGCCAGCAAAACGAUGCGCUCUCGCGCGAUGCGCGGCACGUCCGUGUUGCUGAGCUCCAGAUGGAGCUGCACGCGUACUAUGAGGAGACCCGGCGGCUGCAAGCUCUGGUCGACGCCGGCCACGCCCACAGCGGCUGGGCCGGUGGCCGCGCCGGUGAUGAGUCCGGGCCGUCCCCGCCCAUGUACGAGGAGGCGCUCGCCCGCAACAAGGAACUUGACGAAGCACUCGAGGUGGCUGUCGACAAGAACUACCGCCUCAAGAAGCUGUGCAAGAAGCUGCAGGCCCGCCUCCUCGAGCUUGCCGAGGAGACUGCCGACGCCGACCGCUCGCGGUCGUCGACGAUGCUGCUGGGACCCGAGGCCGCUGCCCUCGCUGCGCCCACCGACACCGAGUACGCCAACCUUGAGGCCGAGUACAACGAGGUUAUCGACGAGCUCGACGAGCUCCGUACCCAGGCUGCACGCGAUGCCGAGGCCAUGGAGUUUGAGCUGGAGUCGUUCAAGUCCAAGCUCAUUGCCGCCGAGUCCACCAUUGCCCAGCUGCAGCGCGAGUCUGGCGAGACGCUCCACGACGCCCAGUCGUCGGCCAAGCUCCGUGCCGAGCUCAUUGCCGCCCAGCAGGCCGCCACUGAUGCCCGCACUCACUCCAGCUUUGUCGAAAGCCAGGCCGCAGACCGCAGUCGGGUCCUCGAUGCCCAGCUCGCUUCCGUCCGCUCGCAACUUGCCAUUGUCGAGAGCGAGCGCGACGACGCCCACCGCAAGCUCGACGAUGCACUUCGUUCGCUCAACCGCGAGCGCGAUGCCCAUGAGCGCGACAACAAGCUCCAUGCCAAGGAAGUGGACGAGCUGCACGAGGCCAAGGCAGAGCUUGAAGCCAAACUCGAGAAGGACGAGGAGACCAUCGCGGAGCUGCGGAGCAAGCUUGUCCUCGCCAACUCGGUUGGUCUCAACGUCUCGUCGGUGGUCGGCAAAGCGGACUCAUCACGACUGGUUUCGAUGAAUGGUGGCGCCAACGACGCGUCGUCACCAGCGCGAAGCUACCCCAAGGGCUCGCUCUCGCACUCCGAGUCGGACAUUGUUUCCGCCUCUGCCUCGCACUCGGUCAAUUCGCAAUUGCACUCGGGCCCGGUCGCCUUUUCACCGCGCAUGUCCACCAGCUCUGGCUCGUCCGACAACGGCCCGAGCCACUCGGCUUCAGCCUCCGCCUCGGACGCCGACGAUGCUGACCGCUCACGCAGCAGCGCAAGCCGCAGCAAAAGCGAGUGCGAAAGCGGGAGCCGCAGCCGCAGUUCAUCAUCCGCAGGUGUGGACGCCAACGCCAGUGCCGACGCCGACGCCGACGCCAGGGUCUCGGUUACUGUCGAAAAGUCUGCAUCGAAUACUACAGUCGGCGGCGAGGAGUCGUCUACCAAGAUUUCGGUCGAGGUGUCGGCCUCCGCUUCGGCCUCCGCAUCCGCAUCAGCCUCCCUUCCUAAGCCCGAUGCCGAGCCGACCGUGACGACUGCAGCCGCGGAAGCCAGCGCAGAUGCGAGUGGAGAUGCAAGUGUAGAUGCGAGUGCCGAGGCAGACGCAAGCGCAAGCGGGAGUCACGACCCGCCCAAGUCGCCACUCGCACUGCGGCGCGGAAGCGGGUCUGCUGUCCUCGACCAGGCCGACGGACUGUCGACGCGGUCCGACGCGCGUGCAAUGCUCCGCCGCCGGCAGGAUGUCGAAGUGCUGCAGGCAAUGGCCGCCAUCCCCAUCGACGUGGUCGACAAGCUGCUUGCGGCGGACGCUGCCGAGCUCAACUUUGACGACUUUUGCACCGCUGUCGCCAACUCGGCACUUGGCUCAGCGGUGGCAGAUCCGGCGGUGGCCCAGUCGAUGUUCGACAUGGUCGAUGCCGACCACUCGGGUGGCGUCGACAAGAAAGAGCUCGUGGCUGUGCUCGCCGUCUUUUCGUCGAACGAGGACGUCGAUCGCAAGCUCAAGCUUGCCUUUGACGCCUACGAUAUUUCGGUCGAGGUGUCGGCCUCCGCUUCGGCCUCCGCAUCCACAUCAGCCUCCCUUACUAAGCCCGAUGCCGAGCCGACCGUGACGACUGCAGCCGCGGAAGCCAGCGCAGAUGCGAGUGGAGAUGCAAGUGUAGAUGCGAGUGCCGAGGCAGACGCAAGCGCAAGCGGGAGUCACGACCCGCCCAAGUCGCCACUCGCACUGCGGCGCGGAAGCGGGUCUGCUGUCCUCGACCAGGCCGACGGACUGUCGACGCGGUCCGACGCGCGUGCAAUGCUCCGCCGCCGGCAGGAUGUCGAAGUGCUGCAGGCAAUGGCCGCCAUCCCCAUCGACGUGGUCGACAAGCUGCUUGCGGCGGACGCUGCCGAGCUCAACUUUGACGACUUUUGCACCGCUGUCGCCAACUCGGCACUUGGCUCAGCGGUGGCAGAUCCGGCGGUGGCCCAGUCGAUGUUCGACAUGGUCGAUGCCGACCACUCGGGUGGCGUCGACAAGAAAGAGCUCGUGGCUGUGCUCGCCGUCUUUUCGUCGAACGAGGACGUCGAUCGCAAGCUCAAGCUUGCCUUUGACGCCUACGAUGUCUCCAACGACGGUUUUCUGCAGCGCGACGAACUGCAUGCCCUCGUUCGCACAGUCUUGAAGAACUCAGAUGUCUCGUCCGAGGAGCUGGAGGCAUUUGUCGACAAGACCUGGCGGACUGCCGAUCUCAACGACGACGGCGACAUCUCGUUCUCCGAGUUCCGCACCGCCGCCCACGCUGACGCGCGUAUCAUGAAGGUAUUUACCAUGGGCACCGUUUCAGGUGCCACUCCUGCCGCGCACCGUUCCGACUCAUCGCCCUCGGGCCGCGACUCGAGCGGCGUUGCCACUGCCAAAGCCGUCGCCGAGGCUGACGCUGCCGCCGCCGGGAGUGACAACGGCGCAGCAAGUGCAGCCAGUGCAGCGAGUGUCGACAGUGAUGACAACUCAGGCUCUACUUCGGGCGAACCAGCAUUCUCGCUGUCAGCGUCCAAGUCGGCCUCUGCAUCCAAGUCCGCCUCCAAGUCCGUCUCCGGCUCGGCCUCCUCGUCGUCGCCGCCGCCGCCGUCCGGCUCGUCAUCGUCUUCGUCAUCGUCGCCGCCGUAUGUCUCAUCGCGGUCGUCAAACGAGACGGUGAGCGACAGCGUGUCGGACCAGCACGCGUCGGUGACGAGCAAGUCCACCAGUGCCAGCGGGUCGGCGUCGGUCUCUCCGUCGCGCCGACGGCGCAAGCGGGUCCGUCGGCUGAAGCGGAGAGAUUCUGCCGAGCAGGUCCUUUGA